UAUUUCCUAAACAAUACAGUAUAACAAGUGGUUACAUUGAUUACUGUGUAUGCACUAGAAAUGAUUUAAGGAAUUCAGGAUUAUGUGCAUGAGUUAGAUGAGCAUUCACAGGGAACCCUCUCCUCGCUCUCCCCUCACCUCACCUUCACAGACAAGGAGAGCUGACUAGAGGGAACCUGGAGCAGAGUCACUAGCAGGGCCCAUGCUUGGGUGCCAAGCCACCUUGAGAACAUCUCUGUGCUCAGAGGUAGUGGCAGAGCAGUGGCGCAAAGAGGUGGAGACAGUGCUGCCACUUAUGUUCAACUGGCUCCUGUUGUGGCUCUCCUCUAUUGGCUUAUUCCCACAGACUGGCAGAGAACUUGCACAAUGAAGGGGUAGAGGACUCAUAGAUCUACAGACUGAAAGAUUUCUUUCCCUCUGGCACAAAAGAGACCAUGUCUUUUCCUGGAGGGGAGGGGCUUCUGGGCUCAGGAUUCUGCCUCCACUUAAACCUCGCUGCUCAGCAAGGACCAAAAACUGAUGUAAUCUGCUAAGUGCUCCUUCAGCCACAACUAGUAGAUCUUCUGAAGACUCAGGGGACAGAACUGGAUCCUGUACUAGGAGCUCACAGUAUACCACCCUGUUUGUAGAAGCCUGUCUGUGGCCCAGUCUCUUCUAGGCAGACCCCACCAGUUUCCUAGGAAGCCUAGUACUGAGGUGGGCUGAGCACCCAGGACUCACUUGCUGUUUCUGCCAGGAGAGAGAGGGCGGUCCCUUCAGGGCUUCAGGAGUUCUCUCUCAAUCCGAAUACUAGCCUGAGCCUAGCCUGGCACCAUAAGGAAGAAAAGGCUAGAAACAAGGAAUCAAUGAGAAUGGGUGAGAAGGAGAGGUUUCUGGCUGAAACUAAAAGAAGGGGUAUAAGGAAGAAAGGAAGGAAAAAAGGAAGCUCCCGUGCCCCGCCCAGCCUUCCUUCCUGAUUCUCCUAAGGAAAAGAGGGAGGCUAGAACCAGCACUCCCUGUUUUUCCUUUGCUGUCUUGAGAGGCUCCAUCUUCUAGCACUGACUGCCCUCUCUACCCUCCCCCUCCCUGGGAUAACGGACCCACAGGGCCUGGUGGGGAGGGAGGCAGAAUAGCUGCACUGUGGGCAUGCCUGUGCUUUUCCCUUCCCCCUUCCCUUAGCAGCAACGUCACCGCAGGACCAGCGGCCGCGGCAGUAGCGAGGAGAUGGGCUGGGAUUGCGCAGCCUCCCUGCAUUAGCUAGGAUGCCAUUGUAUUAGAAGAAAUCAGAUGAUAGCAAAUCGGCUGGGCUCCCUGGUGUGGUCCUGUGGAACAGUACCUCAUCUGGGACUGUCAAGGUAGAGUUCCGUGGGGGUGCAAAAGGAACGGGAGCCUGUCCAGUCCACGGCUCCUUGCAGAGGUGCCAAGUUCUCCUGAUGAAAUGUGUUCUGCCCCACUGGGCUCUGGGGGCAGUGUCUGGUGCCGUUGACGCCCUUGUUCGAACUUUCCAAAAUGGAUAGUCCCCCAAAACUGACUGGAGAGACCCUCAUCGUGCACCACAUUCCCUUAGUGCACUGCCAAGUCCCAGACAGGCAGUGCUGUGGAGGAGCAAAUGGAGGAAGUGGGAGCACAAGACCCAAUCCUUUCUGCCCACCCGAGCUGGGCAUCACUCAUCCUGACCAAGACCUGGGACAAGCGGACUCCCUGCUCUACAACAGUCUGCACUCUGGUCCAGGGACAUCUACUCUGUCAGCAGACAGCACCAAGAGUAGAGGUCGAGAUGGAAGAGGCCCUGGAGCCAUCAAACGACACAAUCCCUUCUUACUACAGGAGGGCGUGAGCGAGCCAGGACUUAGUGACCUGUACGAUGACUGCAUCGGUGACAGUGCCACCCAGCAGUCCUUCCACCUACACAGUGCCAGCCAGCCCUCCUUCCACCUGUCUUCUUUUCAGCUGCCACCGUCUGGCCCUGGAGUGGGCAGGCCCUGGGGGGCCACACGCAGUCGGGCUGGAGUGGUUGAGGGGCAGGAACAGGAGCCAGUAACAUCUGUGGAUGCCCAGCAAUGUGGUCGUAGCCACUGCUGCCAGCCAGAGAUGGAAGCAGAGACCAUGGAGCUGGAUGAGUGUGGGGGGCCUGGUGGGAGUGGCAGUGGAGGGGGAGCCAGCGACACCUCUGGCUUUUCCUUUGACCAGGAGUGGAAGCUCAGUUCAGACGAAUCCCCAAGAAACCCUGGACACGCCGGCUCGGGGGUGCAGCAUUGCCGCUGCAGCAGCACGUCUAGUCAGUCUGAGGCAGCCGACCAGUCCAUGGGCUAUGUGAGUGACUCCUCCUGCAACAGUUCAGAUGGUGUGCUAGUCACCUUCAGCACCCUCUACAACAAGAUGCAUGGCAGCUCCCGAGCCAAUCUCAACUCCGCCCCACAGUCCUGCAGCGACUCCUCCUUCUGCAGCCACUCAGAUCCUGGCGCCUUCUACCUGGACCUACAGCCCUCUCCAGCCGAGUCGAAGAUGUCUUGUGAGUCCCACCACCCAGAAAGUGGAGACAGGGAAGGGGGCUAUGGUUGUCCUCAUGCCUCAUCUCCUGAGCUGGAUGCCAACUGCAACUCCUACCGCCCACACUGUGAGCCCUGCCCCGCAGUGGCUGACCUCACAGCCUGCUUCCAGAGCCAGGCCCGUCUUGUUGUGGCCACACAAAAUUACUAUAAACUUGUCACCUGUGACUUGUCCUCCCAAUCAUCCCCAAGCCCUGCCGGCUCGUCCAUUACCAGCUGCUCUGAAGAACACACCAAGAUAAGUCCCCCUCCAGGCGCUGGCCCAGACCCAGGCGCCAGCCAACCCUCGGAGUAUUACCUCUUCCAGAAGCCAGAAGUUCCGUCAGAGGAACAGGAAGUCGUGGGUUCCACAACGGAAGCAUCAGCAGCUGUGGGCCCUACCAUGCUCGAGGGGCAAGUGUACACAAAUACAUCCCCCCCGAACCUCAGCACUGGACGGCAGCGCUCACGCAGCUACGAUCGCAGCCUUGAGCGCAGCCCUCCUGUCCGCUUGGGCUCACUGGAACGCAUGCUGAGCUGCCCAGUACGCUUGAGUGAGGGCCCUGCAGCCCUGGCUGGGCCUAGCUCCCCACCCAAGAGGGUCACCUCCUUCGCUGAACUGGCCAAGGGCCGGAAGAAAGCUGCAAGCUCUGGCUCCCCACAACUUCGGGGGAGCAUUGGAGACUCCUCGCAGGAGUUCUCACCCAUCCAGGAAGCCCACCAAGAUAAGGCAGGCCCACUGGAUGAAGGCACCCGCUGUAGCCAUAGCCUACCACCCAUGCCCUUGGGGCCAGGUCUAGACCUACUUGGCCCAGAGCCCUGGUCCACCCAAGUCUAUCAGGGACCUCAGCCCAGUGAGAUGCCACCUACUGGCCUCAGAGCUGCUGGGCAAGGCCCCUUGGCCCAGCUGAUGGAUCCAGGUCCUGCUCUCCCAGGGAGCCCAGCCAACAGCCAUACGCAGAGGGAUGCAAGAGCUAGAGCUGACGGAGGUGGUGCUGAGAGCCGACCCGUCCUUCGCUACAGCAAGGAGCAGAGGCCAACCACGCUGCCUAUCCAGCCCUUCGUGUUCCAGCACCACUUCCCCAAGCAGCUGACCAAGGCCCGGGCCCUCCACAGCCUCUCCCAGCUCUAUAGCCUUUCUGGCUGCAGCCGUGCCCCGCCACCUGCCCUGCUGGCUGUCCCCACCACUCAAGGCCCAGCCCCAGCUCCUUCAGGGGAGCUGCAGGCAUCCAUUCCCCAAACCACUGGCAGAGGUGCCAGAAAAGCUGGGCCUGAGCCAGAGACCUCACGGCCAUCGCCACUGGGAAGCUACUCUCCCAUCCGGAGUGCCGGCCCUUUUGGGCCCAGCACUGAUUCUUCUGCCUCUACUUCAUGCUCCCCUCCUCCAGAGCAGACUACAGCCACAGAAAGCCUACCCCCAUGGGGCCACUCCUGUCCUCCAACUGGCCAGCCUGCCACCUGCCAGCAGCCACAAAAGGAGGAGCAGAAGAUACUGACCUUGGCUGAGUACCGGCUCCAUGGAACAGGAAGCCUGCCGCCUCUGGGCUCCUGGAGGUCUGGCAUCAGCCGGGCAGAGAGCUUGGCCCGAGGCGGUGGUGAGGGCAGCAUGGCUUCCAGGCCCAAUAAUGCCAACCACCUCUCCCCUCAAGCCCUCAAGUGGCGGGAAUACAGGAGGAAGAACCCGCUAGGGCCACCUGGUUUGUCAGGGAGCCUAGACCGAAGGCCACAGGAAGCUCGGCUGGCCCGCAAGAACCCCAUCUUUGAGUUUCCUGGUUCCUUCAGUGCUUCCAACCAUCUGAACUGCCGGCUGAAUGGUUACAUAGUGAAGCCAUUACCACUGGCCUGUCCUGACUUCCAAGAUCCCUUUUCCUUGACUGAGAAGCCUCCAGCAGAGUUUUGCCUGUCCCCAGAUGGCAACACAGAAGCCAUUUCCAUUGACCUGCUUCAGAAGAAAGGACUCAUUAAAGCGGUCAACACUGCUGUGGACCUCAUCGUGGCCCAUUUUGGCACAAGCAGGGAUCCUGGGGUGAAGGCAAAGCUGGGAAACAGUUCUGUGAGCCCCAAUGUAGGCCACCUGGUUCUGAAGUACUUGUGCCCAGCAGUCCAGGCCGUGCUGGAGGAUGGACUCAAGGCCUUUGUGCUAGAUGUCAUCAUUGGGCAACGUAAAAACAUGCCAUGGAGUGUGGUUGAAGCUUCUACGCAAUUGGGCCCAUCUACCAAAGUCUUGCAUGGCCUCUACAACAAAGUCAGCCAGUUCCCAGAGCUCACCAAUCAUACCAUGCGCUUCAAUGCCUUCAUCCUCGGCCUGCUCAACAUCCGGUCUCUGGAGUUCUGGUUCAAUCAUCUCUAUAACCAUGAAGAUAUCAUCCAGACCCACUACCAACCCUGGGGAUUCCUGAGUGCGGCUCACUCCGUGUGCCCUGGUCUCUUUGAGGAGCUGCUGCUGCUGCUACAGCCUCUGGCCCUGCUGCCUUUCAGCCUCGACUUGCUCUUCCAGCACCGACUGCUGCAAAGCGGGCAGCAGCAGCGGCAGCAUAAGGAACUGCUGCGGGUGUCCCAGGACCUGCUGCUCUCUGCCCACUCAACACUGCAGUUGGCCCGGUCCCGGGGCCAGGAGGGCCCUGGAGAUAUGGACAGGGUGGCCCCUGGGGAGCGGGUGAAGGGUGUGGGUGCUCCAGCAGGUGGAGAAGAGGAUGAAGAAGAGGAGACAGAAGGGGUGGCAGAGGCAACUGGGGACUCCGGGAAUGGCAGGUGGACCCGAGGCGGGCAGGCUGGCUGGUGGUACCAGCUCAUGCAGAGCUCCCAGGUCUAUAUCGAUGGCUCCACCGAGGGUUCCAGGUUCCCUCGAGGGAGCAGCAACAGCAGCAGUGGCACUGGCAGUGAGAAAAAGAAAGGGUCAGGAAGUGGGGGGCCUCCCCAGGCUCCACCCCCCCGAGAGGGAGUAGUGGAGGGGGCUGAGGCCUGCCCUGCCCCUGAGGAGGCCCUUGGCCGGGAGAGGGGUUGGCCCUUCUGGAUGGGGAGCCCCCCUGACUCUGUGCUGGCCGAGCUGAGGCGCAGUCGGGAGAGGGAAGGGCCCACAGCCCCAUCUGCACAAAAUGAGGAAGGGACCUCAGAGCCUUCACCUGGGGGCAUCAAGUGGGGGCAUCUCUUUGGCUCUCGGAAAGCUCAGCGGGAAACCCGGCCCACGAGCAGGCUGCCUUCAGACUGGCUGAGCCUGGAUAAAUCCAUGUUCCAGCUCGUGGCACAGACGAUGGGCGCCCGCCGGGAGCCUGAGCCCAAGGAAGGCGUGCAGGAGCCCGCCUCUCCUGCCCUGCCCUCCAAGCCUCCAUGUGAGGUGCAGGCACUGUGCCAUCAUCUGGCCACCGGCCCUGGACAGCUGAGCUUCCGCAAGGGAGAUCUCCUCCGCGUGCUGGGGCCAGCAGGAGGAGACUGGCUGCGCUGCAGUCGUGGCCCUGACACUGGCUUGGUGCCCCUGGCUUAUGUGACAUUAACCCCAACUCCAAGUUCAACCCCUGGAAGCAGCCAAAACUGAGGCCCUGUGCAUGCUGGUGGCCUCAGGGACCCUGAUUACCCCCACACUCAGAGCCUGAGAGCACUUCCCAAGUCCACUGGCUUGGCCACACAAAGUAGACUGAGAGCUGGGGCCACAUAGCCCUGUGCUGGCACCUGCUCCCUGUGCUCAGUGUUAAUUCCUCCCGUUAACUGUCCCAGUGACCUCGUCCACACCUCCAGCAGGAAAGGAGGGAAGGGACAUGGCACUGGGCUGCCAGGAUUUUCCCAGUCCAACUGGGACUCCUCUUCCAUGGGUGGGGACAAGCAGGUCCCUACAGAGCGAAGUGGCCCAGAAGGCGAUUUGUAGGGCUUCCUAGGCCAAGUGAACAUGAAGAUGGGUAACAGUAUUGGGGCUAGAUCCCUGAGCCCCCCCCCCCCCAGCUGUAAAUAGGCUGUGACCAGUGCCUGGUCAUCAGAAGAGGGAGGAGCCCAAGCUUCUGUUUAUGUAUUUAUUUAUUUAUUUAUUACAUCUAUUAAUAAAAAAGGUGCUCAGCCUCCA